AUGACGACGAAUAGUAGCAACAACCCAACCGUGACCAUUCCUCCUGUGCAACCUCAACCGCAACAGCAGCAGUCACAGCAACACCUGCAGCAGCAGCCAAUUCGCAAGACCAACGACAAUUCCAAUCCUCAGCAAGGAACUGAGCUUGGUGGUGGUGGUGCUACCCAGACAGCACCCACGGAGAGCGCUAAUCCCGUGACUCCCAUGAGACCUCAGAAUAAUAAUGGAACAGUAGACGGCCGCACAAACAUGAUGAAAAGCCCUCCCACGAAAAAGGAUUCCCGAAAGCUAUUUGUGGGAGGUCUCCCGGCAGAUGUGGUGGAGGGUGAGUUCCGAGAGUUCUUUGAGCAGUUUGGUGAGGUAGUAGACUCUGUGGUUAUGUUUGAUAGAGAAACGCGGCGAUCGCGUGGAUUUGGUUUUGUCACUUUCCGUGAUCCGGAGGUAGCCGAGAGGUUAUUGAAUACGAGACAAGAUGACGAGGCCACCGGCGGGGCACUUGCGGCUGAGAUGGCCAACGGGCAACGUGUGGGGCGUUUGGUAAUGAGAGGAAAGACUUGCGAGGUGAAGGCAGCGGAGCCCAAGGAAGCUUCCCGAUCCGCUCGUCGUGGGUAUCAGAAUCAAGGUUUUGGAGGCGGCACACCGAACCGGCGCUAUGAUAAGCCGUUCACCAGCCCCGGUGGUGUCGGUGGCCAAGGCGGCGCUCCACACCAUGUGCCGAUGGGUGCUCAUCCUUCCGUGGCUGCAUACCACGAUCCUCAUUACAUGGUUGGGCAUCACCAUCAUUACCCGAUGAUGGCCCCGCCCUACUAUCCUGCGUACCACCAUCACCCCGGAAUGUACAAUGGCGCGGGCUACCAUCAGCCUGCGCCAUCUCUAUAUGCUCCCAUGACUGCGCCAGUUCAUGACGGACAUCAUCCAGUCGUCCAACAGCCAAUUGUUCCGCCAGCUGGUGUGGAUGCGCACUUGGAAGGCCCUGCCGGACCGUUUGUCGAGCCUCACCAGGAUGCUCAUCACCUUGCCUAUGGGCAACAACCACAUGAGGGAAUGAUGCACCCUCCUUAUCCUGGACAACAAGGCGCUCACAUGAAUCCCAAGUUCGAUCCGUACUAUACAGGUGUCCCAUAUGCGCCACCUGGAACCAGCUCCUCCGCAAUGCAUCCCGCGGCUCCUGGUAUCCCCCCGAAAGAUGACAAAUAA